GAGAGUCAUGUAGCUUGUCAUCAUCAACAAGAAAAAAUUGGGAAAGAACUGUGGCUGCGGUAGUGGAUACAAAAAGAAAAAUGCUUGGGAGGAGAGGUGACCUUAUAAUUCGUAAGUUUACAGAGUUUGGGUAUGCAGAAGCAGGCCGACAAUUUGAGGGACAGAAUGAUGAAUGUAAAAUUUGCAAAUUGGAAACAAUUGGAUUCCUUCAUUCUGGGCUUAUGAUGUCAAUUUUGCAUAUGGACUCACCAGCAGGAUAUGUAUGUUGUGUGAAGUCUCUUUCUAUUGCACCACAUACUAGUGAGUUUGGAAAAAACACACUUUCUGUAAUUGCCAUUGCAUGGAAGACUAAAGAUGCCUGUGAUACAACUCCACCACCACCACAAAAACGACAAAAGGUGUAUUUUCCAACAUGUUUGGACACUCCAUCAAAACCAUCAAAAAGAAUCAAGGAGACUCUAUUCAAUCCGCUUAGGUCAACAAUAGCAAGUAAAACACAAGAGGAAUUCACUGACAUCAAUGCUCAGGAUAAUUAG